GUACAUAUAUGGAAUGGUGUUGCUGUUCACGUCUGGAUCAUUGUAAAAACAACAAAGAGCUGUGAGAAUAUAUAUUUAGUUUGAUAGCUGAGAGUUUUGACAAUAAGUACGACAAAGAAAAAGGACUAAAUAGGAUAAACUUGCACAACCGUCUGCCCUGUGCCCCCAUUCCUGUGUUUUCACUUUGACUUGAACCCGCGACUACCUAUUUUUGGCCCAUUGCUCUACAAUUCACUCUACUAUUGCACUGUUUGUACGCAGCCUCUCUCUGGACUGGAGUGACAUUUAACACCGCGACCAAUAGAACGGAGGCAGUGAAUUUAAAAGCGAGCCGCGGUUUCCUGAUUCACUGCGUCACAUGAAAACAAACCUCUGGUCCAUCAGCAAGGAACAAACAGCGACUCACAGAGAAGAUACAAUGGACACCAUAAUUUUUGCAGAGCGGGAGAAUGCAGGUGUCCAUGCGCCCUCACUUAAGAUGCGACAGCGACUUCAGUCUGCUCCAGAAAAACUCCUGAAAUCUUCUAUGAUUGCCAAAACCUUCCACACGCCUCUGCCAUCUGGUCGAAAAGCCUUCGGUGCCGUCAACAAGAAAAUAUCUACCCCUGCCGUCAACCCCCAAGAGAAGCAACAACUGAAGCCUCAGGAAACUAAAGUCAAGCAGGCUUCUGGUACCGACUUGGAGGAAUAUCCAGAAAUUGAGAACUUCUUCCCUUAUGACCCACUAGAGUUUGAGAAGAACAUCAUACCUGAAGAUUUGGUUCCCCUCAGUGGCCUCGCUCUGCCUGGCCUAGCAUUUUUCCCACAAUGUCUGCAUGUGAGGAAGGAAUCCCUGAAAUAUGUGGACCCUCUCCCAAACAUGUCCCCUGUGAAGAUGCCAACACGUUCAGAUGACUGCCUGGCUCUGGAAGCCUUUCUUCAAACACUGGAAGAGCUGUCUGUUGAACUUCCUCCAGAGUCUGUUACUGACUAACUGUUCAUGAAUGUGCUUUGUUGUGACUGUUCUUUUAUCUGAAAUAAAGUGGUUUUAUCUGUU